UGUUCUUGUUCUGAUAUAUUUAUUAUUUGUGUUGAAAUUCAACAGCGAAGACUAUUAAAUCUUAUCUACAAGUUUCUUGGUUAUUGGAUAAACCUUUGCCAGGUUGCUGGAGUCAAUUUAAUCACAUAUAAACAAAAGGUUUUAGUCAUUCAGGACACUGGAGGAGAAGAAUGGAGGAUAUAUUUCAUUGGUGCAGGGAAGGUAAUGCCAUGCAGGUUCGUGUUUGGCUGGAUGACACAGAACAUGAUAUGAAUCAAGGGGACGACCAUGGGUUCAGUCCUUUGCAUUGGGCAGCCAAGGAGGGGCACCUUAACUUGGUGACUCUGCUCAUCCAACGUGGUGCUAGAGUGAAUGCCACAAACAUGGGGGACGAUACUCCCCUACACUUGGCCACAGCUCAUGGUCAUAGAGAAAUUGUCAGCAUGUUGCUAAAAAAUAAAGCUGACAUCAACUUUGUCAAUGAACACGGUAACACCCCUCUGCAUUAUGCUUGCUUUUGGGGUUACUCCAAUAUUGCUGAGGAUCUGGUCAAUUAUGGCGCUUAUGUUUCUGUUGCCAACAAGUACGGCGAGAUCCCUUUGGACAAGUGUAGCGGAGCUGUAGCUAAACGAUUGCACGAAUUGGCUGUUGAAAAUGGACAAGAUCUAAAGCGAAUCGGUUUCAAGGACCAAAGCUGGUUAGGACUAAAAACUCGGAGCCGCGAUGCGACUCUGUCUCGUCACAAGGGAAUCAACAUCCAAGAAUUGUCGCUACACAAAAAACUGGCGAUAACACCGUCGGGAGAAUCGUGGCGUGGAACGUGGCAGAGUAACGACAUCGUGGCCAAGUUCUUGGCCGUUCGCCAGUGUACGCCAAGAAUCUCACGCGAUUUCAAUGAGGAAUUUCCCCGACUACGCAUCUUCUCUCACCCUAACGUGUUGCCCGUCAUCGGCUGUUGUAACGAUCCGCCCAAUCUAAUCGUCAUCAAUCAAUACAUGAUCCAUGGAUCGCUCUACUCGGUCCUUCACCAAGGCGCUGGACUAGUAGUCGACACUGCACAAGCGAUUCGAUUCGCCCUUGACGUCACACGCGGCAUGGCCUUCCUCCACUCGCUCGAAAAACAGUUGCCUAAUUUCACUCUGUCCAGCAAACACGUUAUGAUUGAUGAAGACCUUUCGGCGCGCAUUAGCAUGGCUGACGCCAAGUUCUCCUUCCAGGACAAGGGUCGUUGCUAUAGCCCUCAGUGGAUAGCCCCAGAAGCUCUUCAGAAGAAAGGAAAAGAAAUCAACGUCAAGGCGGCGGAUAUGUGGAGCUUUGCCGUUCUCUUGUGGGAACUUGCUACACGACAGGUACCUUUCGCUGAACUGUCUCCAAUGGAAGCUGGACUAAGAAUCGCUCUUGAAGGACUAAGAGUUUCAAUACCUCCUGGCUCUAGUCCACAUAUGGCCAAAUUGAUCCGAAUCUGCAUGAACGAAGAUCCAGGAAAGAGGCCCAAUUUUGAGAUGAUCACGCCCAUUCUCGAAAAGAUGAAACUACAAUAGUGAUUGGCAAUAUUUUUACCAAAUUUUUAAAGUUUACAAAGUAAAAAAAAAAAAAAGUGCCGCGAAACUCUACACACAAAGCCUUCCAAUUGGAUUCUUCGCGUAACACUGCCUCACACACACACGCAACGAUUUUGCUACAUUAACUGGUUGAAUCCCUCCCCCAGCCCAAGGACGUUAAUUUUUUUUCCCCAAUAGUUAAUACGGUAAUCCCGUGCCAAUUUGUCUCAAUCUUUUUUCUAAAAAAAACAAACCCAACGCUAACCAUGUGCCUUUCAAGCCCCUCCCCCGAAUUUUCUCACUGACGCAAUCGUUUCCUAAAUACUUAGUUUUUACGGAGAACAAAAAAAAAGAAACUACCAAAUAUAAUAUGCUAUGAUCAUAUAUUUGUUAUUAUUAUUAUUAUUACAUUUACACCAGGAACAAAGAAUUGUUUUUGAUUGCUUACCAACAAGAGGAUUUUUUUUUGUGGGGUGUAGAAGUGAUGAGGAGCUAGAAUCCAAAGAAUUGCAGAGGUGGAUAGCAGAUCUGAUGGGGGGAAAAAAAUGGGAGAAGAAUAAUAUCUAUAUACAAAUCAUGAUUUGGUUUUGGUUGGUAAUCUGCCUUUUUCCUUUUUGCGAAAAACCUCGAAAAAAUAAUAAUAAAGAUGAGAUCGAGACACAGUGGGGAAAAAGAAGAAAACAAAAGAAUUUUAAGUGAAAGAUUUCCAGAGUAUGUGAUAAAUUUAGUUGAUUUUCCCUACACAAGUCGAAUGGAUCCAAAAGAGAGGGGACAAAAAAAGAA